AUGUUAGCUUCGUCAUGUCUUCCACUCCUCCAUGGUCGGCAUCCGGAUCCCUGUGCAUCAACUUCUCCCGAGUGGUGGACAGCUACAGAGCACAGUCACAAAACAAACACAUGACAAGACCGUAUCAAAAACAACCUCCGAAAUGCCGAAUAGAGCACCAGAGACACGUCGGGGGAAUAGCAGUCACCUUCUUCCCCGAGGCCGUCUGGACGAGCACGAGCUUGUCCCUGAAAUCCAGCACCUCGCCUUCCACCCACGCCUCUUCCCUGUCCUCCACCCACACCUUAUCGCCCCUUCGGAACGCCAUCUCCGCCUCCUGCGCCGGCGACACUCUCCGCUAAACCACCGAGAAACAGCCCGCAGGAGGGGGACGGAGGAUAAUCGAAAUAGGCCCCUCCCCCCAACCUCUCCCCACCCUCCCCCACCCUGCGGGACAGCAAGGAGACACUGAUCGAGUUCCCGCUCGAUCGCAAGGACGGUCGAAAUGGCGGAAGCUUCGAAUUUCGAUUUCCCUCCCGAUUAAACUAUUUAUAUUUAACGCCCCCCCGUGCUGGGCGCCUCCUGGCGGUGGCGUUUGGAAGCUUGUUAGCUUGCCGCUGUCGCACUUCCCCGCUAAAAUAUUACGAAAAUGUCACCACAACCAUCAGACGGUUGAACCAGAUCCGAUUCCGAGUGUCCGUUGAUGACAGGCAAUGAUGUGAUAUCGACGGCUAGAAAUGCGUGGGUCAGCGGAGGGCCCACUGUCCUGCACCAUUAGAUCGUGAUCAUGUAUCUCGACGCACCUUCGUCCCCUCCUGACAGAGGGGGCUAGUACGUCGUGCUCUUCGGCUCCUUGCUCCAGUCCGAUGCCGGUGGGGUCGUCGUCGUCGCCGCCGCCGCCGCCGCCGGCGCUGGUGGCGAUUUCCCGGCAGCUGGCCGUGGGAAGUGCGACAUGUGCGACAUGUGCGACCCCGUCUACUUGCCUACCUCGAAGAUAUGGCGCCGCAUUCUCAUAUGAUGUUUCGAGUGCUUCCGCCGGAAGGGGUGUAGCAGAGCGCCGGGGAGAGUUCUUUCGGAGCAGGUGCGUCGGGAUUUGUCCCGGAGUUGAUGGGAAGAGGUCAUUCUCCCCGAAGCAGCUCGUAGCACCAUGUCACUGCUCUGCCAAGGGGGAUGAGGAGGUGAGCGGCACUACUUCCCAGUCAUUCAUUAAUCAACAUGUCUAUGGCACUCUCCGUGGAAUUGACGUCAGCGCUUUGGAAUUCAUGACACUUUCAAUGCACUUGCUAUAGGUUGAUUUUUUGGACGAAGGGCAGAAGUUGCCCGUUGAGGCCGGUAAGAUUGAUAGUUCAGUCCGGUACUUGGUCGAACUUUUUUUAAUGGUGUAAUUUUAUGUCGAUUCUAUAUUAAAAAUAUUUCUUCCAUUGUAAAUCUCUAAUUUGCCUAAUUUCUCUAUUUAUUUCAAUUUCAGGUGCAGGGAGAAGAGAUGGAAAGGGAGCUUUGAAGGGGAUUUUCUCAUUCAAGGAGUACUCAUCUCCAUUAAGCAAUUUCAUUUCUCAAAGAGUAAAAGAAUAUAGCUCAUUUUUAUUUAUUUAUUUAUUUUCAUUUAUUCUGAGAUCCUUAGCGCGUUGGUUAUUCUGAUAGAGCCAUAGACAACUUCGAAUUCCCCUCUCCUCGAUUACAUAAACGAUUCUAUGGUCAAUCAAUUUUGAGUUGGAUGAAAAACCAUGCGUAUGUCCCCAGUCAGUGCACCACGUGUUUGUCACAAGUCGCUGUAUACAUGAGAUGACGCAGUAAUCGUCCACAAAAGACGGCAUGACUGUGAAAUCUGUUUUGAAUGACCAAUGUUGGAAUUCAACUUUCAUUCUUGAGUCUCAUUUCUCAAAACUUUCACAUAAUAUCAUCUUGUGCAUCUGGUAUAUACUUGAUAUACACUCGGAUGGUAUAUACUUGAUAUGUACUCACAUUUUGUAUCUGGUGACUUUUACAAUGUUUUUCAAUGAAAGAAAAAAUACGGUAUUUGCCAUAUUUAUGACAUGAUAGUGUUACCUAUAACUUGUAUCCUUCUCGUUCUUUCUUCUUAUGAUAGAUCCGUUGUAUUCUCUUGCCUUUUUAACCACUGGAAAAACCCUCAGGCUUAUGGAAAAACUGAGGAGGUACGGAAUCGCUGGCGUGUUGUCAUAUGGGUUGCUCAACACCGUCUAUUAUCUCAUAUCAUUUCUCUCAGUUUGGUGAGUUGCUCGAAAUCUUCUAUUAUUUUGUCUCACCCCAAUUUGGCUUUCAAUAUUUAUUGACAGUGUUCUUUGAUAGCUGGCAACUAUCUAGAUUUUACAUUAUAAUGAAUCCGUGUUUUGUUAAAUAUAGAUGAAGUGAGUUCAUGCACAUGUAUGAGGGAGGAGGGGUGAGUAGAAUGCGGAAUGGAAAAGAGAAAGAGAGAAGGAUAAAAGGAUGCAUUCAUCCCUAUGUUCAGGAGAGCGGGUGUGAAAAAUUGAUAAGGAGAGAAGGAAACAUAUUUAUGCAGGUAGGGUGGGAAGAAAGAUCUUCUUUUGGCAAUUGAGCGUGCCAACCGGAGGCAUUUAUGUGAGGUCAAAGUGUGUCAAACCUAAUUUACUAAAUAGUUGUUUGAUAGUGCCCAAAUUGAAGGUCAUAUUGGACUAAAGUUACCACCAUACAAUGAACUUGCGCAAUUAGAUAUAAUUAUAGAAGUCUCGAUUAUUUUAUGGAUUAAAAAUGUCACUGAGUAGUGGUUCAAAGUGGGAACAAACCAGAUAUCAGUCUUCACUGGUGAUGGGUUCAGUAUAUUUCUACCCAACAUUCAGCGAGAUCAAAGAUUGUAAGGUGCAAGACCGCCAUAAAUGUUGGACGUUCCCUGUAUCUAUUCUUUGUACCUAAUGAAUUUGUGAAAAACGUAAUUCCGUAAAAAAGCACUACAGAUUGUUUAUAAAUAUUCAGCCUUUGCACGGACUGAGUGUGAUUGGAUCACAAGGUUCUGAGAUGUCCACUCUUUCCUGCACCACCUGACAUUGGAUGGGGGAAAUUCCCAUCAUAACUCAUUUAGAAAAUUAUUGAAUUAUAGUUGGCUUACAAGCAGCCCAUCUCAAUGUGGAUUCCCACAUUUUUUUCUCUUUUCCUAACUUUCAUACCACCUACUCCCCUCUGUAUCAUUAACAUUUUUUCUUUAUAUUAGGCCAGAGUUGGCAUCAGCUACUUCUAUCUUUUUUGCUGUUUCUCCGGCAUUUGUAACUAGCAAAUGUUUGGGAAAAAAAAUCAGCGGAGAGAUCAAAAUACUCUAAAAAAAACUUCAUGACAAAGAGCAUAAGCUAAGAAGAUUAAAGGUACAUUUUGACCACUUUGAUCCCAAACAUAAGAUGUAAAUCUUUAAAGGUUAAUGUUUGAAGCUCUAUCUUGACAAUGGUAAUGUAGUGUCUUUCAGGAUUAGAAUUGGACAUUGGUGCAAAGAAAAGAUUAAGAUUUAGUAGAAAACAAUUCAUAAUCCAUUAUGCUUAAAAUCUUUUGAAAGCCUUUAAGAUUUAGAUGUAUUCUUCUAAGACAGCCAUCUGCACUUGCACAUAUUAGGCAAUCAUAGAAAAAAUGUCACUCUCUCCUACAUAGUUCCUCGAGAGGUUGCUAUUUAUGGAUGAUGAGGGUAGCCAAAAUGCAGUCCCAAAUUAUCAGAUAAAUCGUCGUGUAUAUGUCCGCUAUUUGGAGCUUCUUUCGUUGGUUUAUGCAGUGUCUGAUCAAAAGAAUCUUCCUAUCCAUCACCUGAGUGCUGUAUGUAUGCAUGGAAGUUCUCCCUUUUCAUGCGCUCAUCCUAUAAAUUGUUGUAUUCUUUUCUUAUAGAAACUUUUGUAUGAGAGAAUGGGACGGACUUGUCAGAAGAGUCCUAAACAUAUCUUCAUUUCAGGCUUUAUUUUGCUCCCGCACCUGGGAAACUGGGUUACGCCGCAUCCGUUGAGAGGUUAUCUUGCAACUCAUCAUUCACUAUUUACCAUAAGUUUAAUGUAUCAAUGUCCAUCUUUUAAUUCUUUGAAAUUUUUAAUUGCAGAGUUUUGAAGAUCAUGGCCGCAGUAUGGGCUGGAAGCCAAGUCACCAAGCUCCUAAGAGCAGCGGGGUGAGCUCACUUUCCCCUAUUGAUUAUUACGGUGAGAAUAUUGUCAGGCUUUCCAUCAAACCCGUCAGCUCCUGAUUUCUCUUAGCCAGAAUAUGUGCCGACUCCGAACGGUUUCUCCAACAUUCUUACUGAAGCCAAUUCAUCAUUUUAGUGCUCUUUCUCUCUCUCUCUCUCUCUCUCUCUCAUCUCUCUCAGCUAUUAUCUCACCAGGCUUGUGGUCGCUUCAGGGCCCUUGCGCUGGCUCCCCUGGUGGAGAAGGGGCUCUCCUGGUUCACCAUCAAGUUCAAGUUCGACUCUCAAGGGAAGGUAGGGGAGUCCCAAACCUUGCUUCAAUAUUCCGCUUCCCCUGCAACGUAUUCACCUACACUCCCCCCCCUUCCAACCUGCAGGCAUUCGCGGCUAUCGCAGGCGUUUGCUUCGGCUUGGCCUUCCUCCUGUUCAUCGUGCUGACAUUGCUCUGGGCUUAG